UAUCUCCUCGUUAUUGGAGAUAUGGCGUUUCAUUUAUUUCCGAAACUCAUCCAACCUAUCGGAGUAAAUUUGAAAAAAAUGCUAAACAAACUGUUUAUUCACCAGUCACAACCUUUAUUUCCUGAUAAGAUUUUUACAUUAAAUCUAUCCCCAAAAAUGACGAGGUUUGUGACAAUGGUUUUAGUAUAAAUAGACAUCAAAUGUUACGGAUAAAUCAUACUCUGCUUGUCUACAAUUAAGUACAACCAAAGUAGAGCUGACUUUACACCAUGUCUUUGACAAAAUUAUUUCUUUUAAUAGCAGCUGCAACUAUUGUAGCCUGCGGAGAGACAAGCCAUGACUGGAAUCACAUGGAUCCCAACAUGGUGAUGAACAUGGACGACUACAAGGUGAAUGAUGAGCGUAUUGUAGGAGGAUAUGAAGCUCCUGAAGGUGCCUUUCCUUACCAGAUAUCUUUACGAAACAACAAUAGACAUUUCUGCGGCGGUUCAAUUUUGAACAGCCGUUGGAUUGUUACAGCUGCACAUUGUGUUCAAGGACAAACCCCAUAUGGAAUGACCGUUGUAGUUGGUACCAACUCUUUGACACGUGGUGGAACUGGUUACCACGUGGAACAAUUGAUCCCACAUACAGGCUACGCCAGCUUUGCAGGCAUCGUUAAUGAUAUUGCUCUAGUUCGCGUUACCAGGGACAUUGUUUUCAACGAUCGUGUGCAACCCAUCGAGUUACCUACUCAAGACAUGCCUGCUGGUACACAACUUACUCUCUCCGGCUGGGGAAAACUAUCGCAUCCGGGAUCACUCCCAAAUAAGUUGCAAACGAUUCAGCUGACGCAGAUUACUACUCAGGAAUGUGCUUCGCGCUUUUCUGGAAGACAGAUUUACCAAACCAAUGUUUGCACUGUUAGUCCAUACGGUCAGGGAGCUUGCCACGGUGAUUCUGGUGGCCCAUUGGCUCAUGGCAACCAUCUUAUUGGUGUUGUAUCAUGGGGUAUUCCCUGUGCUAAAGGACAACCAGACGUGUUCACUCGCGUUUAUUCUUAUUUGGAUUGGAUUGAGAACAACACUUACUAAAUGCUACUUGGAAAAGAAUUACAUUAGCUAGAAUAAACAUGAGUGUGUGCUUGUCAGAUUUUGUGUUGAUGAUACUGAAUUUAUGACGUUUUAAAAUUAUAAUAAAGAAUUUAGCAAAUUA